AUGGGAAAUCAUGGCAGAUCUCCAUUUAAAAAGUUUGUUGGUUAAAGUCGAGCUAAUUUAAGUUAGUCAACUUAGUUCACAUAAUCAGAAGAUAGAUUAUGCAAUUUCCCAACAAUCUUCACAGAAAUUCAUGUUGGGAAGAAAUAAUUGAUAGAGUUAAAAGAUGAGAAGCCUGAGACAAUGACUUUAAAAGCAGAUUUUAAUAUUCAUAGUUAGAAAGCCUUUACUCAAUUUUAAUUCAUAUGUGAUAUUGGUGAGGGCAAUAGUUUCAAAAAGAGCAAGAUAAGAAAAUUAAGAGGUAAAAGAAAUCCAAAUGCUCCUAAAAAAGAGAAGAAAACAAUGAUAAACAAUGGAGGAGGAGGGUAAAAUUGUGAUAAAAGUAGCAGUAAAAAAGAAAAAUAAAAAUAAAGAAAAAAAAAGAAAAAAGGAGAUGAUGAUGAUGAUGUAAAAGAUGAAGAAUAAAAAGUUGAAGAAAAAAAAUCAGUAGAAAAAGUGAGUUUGGAUGAAUUACUGAAAAGUAACAUACCAAGUGGAAAUUCCUCUGUUGAAAAAAAGCUGACCGUACAGGAAAUUUUAGCUAAAAAGAAUCAAGAAAAAGAAUAAAAUAUGCAAUAAAAUCCAGAGAUUUAGAUUUAAGUUGAGAGCAAUAACUCGCCUUAAAAGAAAAGGAAAACAGUACCAAGUGAAAAUUUGCCAAAAUAAAGGAAGAACUCACCUUCCAAACGCUCACCUUCUAAAAAAAUAAAUAAUAAUCUGAAAGAAAAUGAGUAAAAUCCUGAGAUAAAUUAAAAAAUCCAAAAGAAAAAAAGAGUUAAUAAGCAAGGAAUAAAAAUCGAUACAAAAUUUGCUAAAAUUGAAAAAUAAAGUGAAAUUUAAAAUUAAGAGAAAGUUAAGAGGAGUCCAACAAGAAGUAAAACUAAAAUUGACAAUUAAAAAUUAAAUGAUUAAAAAAAAUCAAAGAAAAGGCAAUCUAAUUCUAAUCAGAGUGCUGGAAAUAAAAGAUAAAAGAGGAAGGAUAAAAAUGAUUCAAUGAUGUUACUUAUUAAAAUUAACAAAAAACUUGAUGAUAUACAGAAUGUUAAUAAUGCUUACGAAAUGAAUCAAACUGAUCUUGAUACUGAGGGUGAGUAAUCAAUGAACUAGCCUUUAGAUCCAGAUCUAUUCCUAAAGAAAAUGCAAUAAAAUGACAAUGAUGACUUAAUUCGUACUCAAGAAAUUCUUUACGAUGAAGACAAUGAUAGGAUGAUGGAUUGUAUGUGA